AUGGAUCAAUAUCCAGUGGAAUGGAGAAACGCUCCUGUACCUGUAAUUGCUCUCGUUAAAAACAAGAGGCUUCAUGAUGGACUGAUUACUUGUAUUCAGAAUAAUAUUUCAAGAAAGAUUAAAAUUUUAAGCCUUGAAAGCGACAAUGAAAUCAUCAAGCCUAAACAACUCACCAUGAAAAGUAAUAUUAAUUUAUUUGAGAAUAUGAGUAUGAAUAGUAUAUUGAUGGCAUCUACUGCAACCACUCCACUUUCUACAAGCAUCAUGCCACAACAUGCAAAUAUCGGUAGUAUCAUUGUAAAUUCUACAGGUAGCACUACGAGUAGUCCUAGUGUUGCAAGUGCAGGAACUAGUAGUCCUCCGAUACCAUCUUCUUCUGCUCUAACAUCAGCCAUAUCAUCAGCGUCAUUGAUGUCAUCAUCAUCCAACACAUCACUUUCUUCUUUGACAGGAUCCAAUAGUAACUUGUUAACGAGCAGUACAACAACUGCUACUGGAGCCACAAAAGAACUUCCUCCAUUGCCCUAUCAUCUCAUUAAUUCUGGUAGUUCCAUGAACACCAAUCAAUCCAACAGAUUCGAUGGAUAUAAACCAGCAGGUCUCUUCAAACGUGGAUGGUUUAAAAAACAUCAAGAAUUAGUACCAAGCGUUUGUAUUGUGAUUGUUCAUUGGAAAUCCGAUGAAUAUUCGACCUGGAAAACACAAGAGAGCGAAAUUGUAAAGAAAAUUCUGUCAGUCAAGGAGACUCGUGCUGGAAAAAAUACAAAAUAUAUUGCAUUAAUUGUUACAAAGAAAGCUCCACCAGCAUCAGAAGUUCAAAUUGAUGCCAACACAUAUCAAUCUACAGAAGAUUUUAUUUAUAAUAUUAGAAAGGGAUCUAAUACGGAUAGCAAAAAUGUAAUUUUAAUGAAAGAGACAGAGCUUGUUGAUGAUCAAUCAUUUAAAGUGAAAUUAUCCAAACCACUCAGAGAAUCAAUUGUAAAUUACUACAAGGAACAAACCAAUAUGGUAAAAAAGUAUAAGAGUGACAUUAAUAAGAGCACUCAACCCUAUUUAUUCAUGAGACAUCGAUUGAAGGUUGCCUUCUAUUAUGACAUUUUAAUGAAUAGUGGACUGACAAGUCAACCUUCAAUUCAAAAACUCAUCAAAUAUUUGACUCAAGCAUAUUCUUCUCUACAAAAUGUAUCUCCUUUAGAUUUUCAACUUGAAGAAAUCAAAACACUUGGUGAUAUUCUCAAUUUCAAAUUAUGUUUCAUCAAACUUUCUGAUAAGAAGAUCGAUAUGGGAGUUAAACAAUUUUUAAAACACAUGUCAUGGUACAAGGCCGUUCAUGAAGAAGAUUUUUCCGCCAACUCUGUAGAUGAAUUCAAGUUUCAUGCUCGCCUUUAUCUUCAAUAUCGAAUGAUGGGAGAAAUCUUGGAAAGAAUUCCUCCAAAUUUACUAAGUCAAGAUCAACGAUACCAAAAUCCAGGAUUUUAUUAUCAAGCAGCUGCAACACAUGCCAAAUAUAGAAAAACAUUUGCCAUACAAGCAUGUGAACCUCAUAGAGAUUUGGUUGAAAGCAUUUUCUCUGGAAAUGAUGAUCUUCUUGUGAAAAUCAAAGUUGAGGACUAUCAUUACUUGACAGGAUAUUAUGGAAAAACCAUUGAAAUGCCAGAACUUUCGGACUCAUUGAGACAAAGUAAUGGACUCACUAUUCGUAAUGUGAGAGACAUUGCAAGAGAAAUUAUGUUAACCAAACACUCUGAAACUAUUAUUCAAAUGCUCACUAAUGCUUACAAUCGUUUCAACGUGAAAUCAGAAGCUCAACUGAAACGAAUGAUGUAUUACAUUGCAAGUAGUAUUGCAAGUGAACAUUAUGAAUCUGGAAAUUGGGAGAAGAGUAAAUUAUUCUUUGAUAAGAUUGCCAAGCACUAUAGAAAGGAACAAUGGUAUGAAUUGUUAACGGAUGUACUUCAGAGAUCUCUUGAAUGUUCCAAACAAUUGAAACUAUCAAAACAAUUUGUACUUCAUUCUUUAGAAUUGAUCUCAACAUUAAUGACCAAUCCUGACAAUGAAAAGAUUCAACAUUUGAAUGAUUUGCUUCUUUUCAUUCACAAUCCUGAUCAAGUCAUUCUGCCAGUAUUGAACUCUCCUGUUGUCAUUGAAAUGGAUUCAAAGAAUGUUUUAAUUCAAUUGAAAACUCAAUUCAGUGUUCCUUUUGCAUCGGUCUAUCAACCUAUUCAAUUCUCACUCCAAUUUGUAUCUUUUGCUCCAGCAGAUAUUAGAUUUUCAUCACUCUCCAUUGUAUUUAACGACAAUGAAUAUAAUUUAGUCAUUCAAGAUGGACAACCAAUUCCAAGUCCAACACUUCCAGAAACAAAAUCAAAGCAGGAAACAAACAAAGUUCAACAACAAGUUGGUACAGCUGGCUCAGAUUUGGUUCAAAAUGCAACAUGUUUAGAUUUGGUUCUAAAAGGAAAUGGUCAAUCUAAUAUUUUCACAUUCCCUCUGAUUGUGAGACAAAAACAAGAUUUACAAAGUUUAGGAGUAUCAUUAUCAUUGAAAGGUUCAACUCCAAAUCAAGAAAUUCGAUUCCAAUGGAAGAUGGUUGAUAAUGAAUACUUUUUAACAUUGCUCAAGAGUUAUGAUUAUAGACUCUUUUACUCGGAAGGAUUGUUUGUAGAGAGACCUGUAGUGAUUAUUUCAGAACCAGAGCCUAACAUGUCUCUUUCAUUUGUUCAUCUUCCUCCUGCACUGAUCAAUGAAUAUUAUAGCAUCAAAAUUACCAUGAAAUCAAAUGAGGAUCAUGUCAUUGGUGGAAGAUUGAUUAUUGAUCGAGCACAAGAUGUUGAAAUUACUCAUAUUUUGCAUGAUCAAUUAGUUCCUCUUUCCAAUGUAGAUGGUAUUCGAGUUCCAGAAAUAUUACCCAAUAAUUCUUACAGUGUUACAGUUUUCUUGAAAUGUGAAAAACCUGGAAUUAACAAACUUCAAGUAAGAAUAUCAUAUGGAACCACUCUGUAUAGUCAAUUAGAGAGAAGUACCUCUUUCGAAGUACCUUGUCAAUAUCCAUUUGAUGCUCAUUUCCAUUUUAUGGCAACCAGACAAUCAGAAUCCAAGGUAUUAAGAGAUGAACAAAACGAAAUUGUUCUUUCUGAGAAUGAAAUGAUGUUCAGAUUGUUACCUUCACAAAGAGUAUCCUUCUAUCAAAAGAUUAUCAGUAAUCAAUGUCAGAAUAUUUCAAUUUCUGAUCCUCUUGCAAAGGAUAGAUCGACACAGUCAGGAUUUACUUAUUUAGAUGGGUUUAGUGUAUUCCAGGCAGUAGCGCUCCAAUCUUCAUUGAAAUGUACAACUCCAUUUCCAGUAAUGUUGGAACAUGUUUCUGUGGAGAAUGCUGACAAGUUCACAUGUCUUUCACAGCCUGAUUUUUCAUCCUUCCUCUAUUCGACAUCCUCUAAAAAGUAUUUAGAAGAUAAGGACGAGCAUAGUUCUUGUUUUGUUAUUGUUCCUCAAGAUGUUGGAAAGAGCUUACCAGUUGGAAAUUUAAAGAUUGUUGUGCAGAGAGGACAAGCAGUCAACACAGAUGAAAUGGAUGCAGAGCUCGUUGAAAAAUUGAAGUUGACAAGAAUUGAAUAUACUUCACCACUCCCAUCUAUUACUGUGAUUGACCCAGGUUUUACAGUCAGUUUUUGUGCUCCAUUUGAGACUAUUGUAGGUACUGCAGUGAAAUGCAGCUUGAUCAUUGAAAACAACACUCCACAACUUCAACAGUUGCAAUUAUUUGUUUCUGAAAGUAUUUCCUUCUUUUAUGCGGGAACCACUAAUUUGAGAUUCUCCAUUUUACCCUAUCAAUCAAGAGAAUUACUUUAUACCUUUAUUCCAAUCACAACAGGAUUGUUGGAAUUCCCCAAAUUCUCGUUAGGUAAUUUGAAGAGACAAGUUCAUAUUCUGAACGAUGAUGAAAAGUGGACAAUUUAUGUGCAUGAGCAGCAAAAUGAAGCCGCUUUGCCCAAUAAAUAA